AUGAGAAGCACUUCAUCCAUGCUUUCACGUUUCUCUCGCCAAACACAACAAGCUCUGUUGGCUUCCAAAACAAACUCUCUCGCUCCGUUCUUGACAUCAUCAUCAACACACUUUUCAACAUGCAUGGUUUCAAAAGCCAAACCAGCUCUAGAGGAAAACGUCUAUCAAUUAGAUGAUCAAAAAAUUGAUAUGAGCAAGUAUAAGAAUUUUAAAUACGAAUUAGUCUAUCAUCACAAUGAAAAUGAAAUCAAGGUUACUGAGAGUAAUUCCACUGAUUUGAAUUUGUGCAAUAGUAUUAACAUGGCAUUGAAACAAGCAAUGGAAAAAGAUCCAAAAGCACUAGUUUUUGGUGAAGACGUUGCUUUGGAGGUGUGUUUAGAUGUACGGUAG